AUGGCGUACGAAGAACACAAAAUGACGGUGUUAAUGAUUUUUUUGUGUAACAUAGUUCAAUUUACAUAUUCCCAUGAAGAUACUGUGAAUUAUUUGGCAAUGACAGACUCUUCUGAUGACAUGGAAACAGAGCCAGUUCGAAGAAGUGAUAUGAUUGACAAAUCCAAGAGUUAUAAAGGUCUACCGAUUGACUUAUCACCUUCAAGACAAACAACCAAAUCGGCCACCACCGCGGUAUACCCGCCUCUCAGUCGCCGUUUCCGACGCAUCUAUAAUCCUGAUGAAACGGCUUCUGUCUCCGAUUAUCCAUUCAUGGCGGCGCUACUCGUGAAUGGACAACUGUGGUGUGGAGCCGCCAUUAUAAGAACCGACAGUAUUUUGACCGCAGCACAUUGCUUACAACUGCAAUAUAACAACCGGUUUUUCCGGGAAUACGUCAAGAUGCUCACCGUCCGCGUGGGAUCUAGUAACGCGACGUCCGGUGGCGAGAUCUACAGAGUGACUGAGAUCUUCUUCCACCCCAACUACAAGCCCAGCACCCUGGAGUUCAACUUCGCAGUAGUGAAGCUGCAUAAGAAUAUUUCUGCCGAGAGUGAAUACAAAGCCAGUGUCAUUGAGUAUUCUCAAGAUAGACUUGUUCCGACGGAUACGCAAAUAACAUUCCUUGGUUGGGGUUCCGUAUUGGGUUCCGAAGGACUGGGAGGCCAAACUUUACUGCAGAAAGUUAAACUACCAGUAUACGACUUCGCUGACUGUCAAGAGGUAUAUGGAAAGGAUUUAGUAACCAGAUCAAACUUUUGCGCUGGAUAUAUCACUUUACCCAAAAAUGUCUGUAAUCCGGAUCAACCGGCGGUGUUCUCGUCCGUUGGAUUUGUAGCGGAGUGGUUGGGGAAGCUGGGCGAGAAACGAAUGAGGCUAAGGUAA